UUGGGGAGCCAUUAUUGUGACCGCGAAAAUGUAUGACAUAUAAUUUUAGGGUGAAUGCAUCUUUUUUCGCGUUAAAUUGAACUAUUUUAUGUGAAAAACACUAAAAGAUAUAAUAAACAAAACAAAUUCCUUCAUAUGCAGCAUGUCAUUUCCCUAGGUUUUCUGAAAGCGAGCGUUUCUACCGGUGUGCACUAGAAUAACCAUUGCCUGUGUUUGAAGUUUGAAGUCAACGAAGGAUAAUGACAAGCCAUUCAUACACGACUCUAAGCAGGGCACAGCUGAGCAAGGAAUAUCUUCACACAAAUUCAACAACUCAUGAGUUCCUUUUUGGAGCCUUGGCUGAGUUGGUUGAUAAUGCAAGAGAUGCCAAUGCAACUAAACUCAGUUUAUUUACCUUAUUUGAUGCUUCCCUGCGCGGCAACUAUAUGCUGUGUUUCCUUGAUGAUGGCGAAGGAAUGGAUCCAAGUGACACAGCGGACAUCAUUACAUUUGGAAGGUCCAACAAGAGAAAUGUUGAUGAUCACAUGAUUGGCAUGUAUGGAAAUGGACUCAAAUCGGGCUCAAUGAGGAUUGGUAACGACAUGAUUAUUUUCACAAAGAAGGACGACACACAGACAUGUCUGUUCCUCUCCCGCACCUUCCACGAUGAGGAGAAAAUUGAUGAGGUUAUUGUGCCAUUGCCAUCCUUCAAGAUAGGGAGCAGAAAUCCUAUUGAUGACACAGAAAUGGGCCAAGAGAGGUUUGCGAUGGAGAUGGACAUUAUUCUGCGCUAUUCACCGUUUAAGACAGAUGAUGACUUCUUUGCCCAGUUUGACCGUAUUGAGGGCAGCUCGGGAACACUGGUCAUCGUGUACAACAUGAAACUCCUGGACAACGGCGACCCAGAGCUGGACAUACUCUCUGACCCACAAGACAUCAUCCUUACUAACCCAGAGUCUGACUUCGAUUCUGAUGAUGGCCUUAUGAUUGAGCGGCGUUCAUUCCGAGCCUAUGUGGCAAUAUUGUAUAUGGACCCUAGGAUGAUAGUGUAUAUUCAGGGGAAAAAAGUGCGGACUAAAAAACUGGCAGCAUUGCUUUACAAACCAAAACUUUACAAGUACACAUCAAGCAGGUUUAAGUCUCGUGCUGAAAGUGAUGCAAAAAAGAACCUUGAGGAGGCUAAGGCGGCGGAACUGAAGGCCAAGGAAGCUCAGAGCAAAGCCAAGGACCUUGAAUCAAGAACCAGAAACCUCUCCAAGGCUCAGUUGGCGGAUUUACGGCGAGCCCAGCAGCACGCAGCUGAGUUGAAGAGAGAAGCUCAACUCAAAAGGGACAGUGCAAACAGAAAACAAAAGGCUUUAAAGGAGCCAAAAACGAUGAACCUAAUAUUUGGUAUCAACAUUGACCAGCGAUCUCAUGAUGGGGUGUUUGUCUACAACUGUAGUCGCCUCAUCAAGAUGUACGAGAAAGUCGGACCACAAACAGACGGGGGCGUGUUCUGCAGUGGUGUGGUAGGUAUUGUGAAUGUGCCAUACUAUGUGCUGGAGCCGACCCACAACAAGCAGGACUUUGCUGAUGCCAAGGAGUACCGUCAUCUCCUCAAGGCCAUGGGUGAACACAUGGUCCAGUACUGGAAGGAUCUCAAUAUAGCACAACAAGGUGUCUUGAAGUUUUGGGAGAGUUUUGGCUAUGUUAGCCAGCGAUGGAAAGACCUUCCAUCUCAUGAUCCAAAGUUUGUACGAAAGAGAGCCAUGCAGAUCAACAUCACAUUGCAAUGUGAUAAGUGUCUGAAGUGGCGUACGCUGCCAUUCUCAUCAAAUAACCUGGGGCGUGAGUUUAGUGAUGAAUGGGUCUGCUCGGACAACUCUGACAACCAACACAACAGAUGCAGUGCAGCAGAACAGAAGAUGAAUGUGCCGGAGGGAACACUGAAAAAGGAAAUCAAAUCACAUGAUGAAAAACAGAAGGAUCUCGAGGCAGAAAUCAAGAAGAAAAUGAAACUACUUGAACAGAUGCAUAAAAACCGUGUUGUGUCUUCGUCACGUGAGCUGCAGGAGAUAGACAGGAAAAAAGAAGCAGAGGAGCGACAUGCACGGGAGGAGGAAGAGGACCGCAGGGGUGAUGAGGACAGGCGACGUGAGGAGCAGGAGGAACGCAAGAAGAAAGAACGGGAACGCAAAGAGAGGGAGGCCGAGGAGAAACGGAGUGCCAAGGAGGCUGAGGCUCGAAGGAAAGAGAAGGAGCGUGCAGCAGAGGAAAAGCGCAAAAGGAAAGAGAAUGAGGAGAAGGAGAGGCAGAGGCGGAAAACUGAGGAAGAUCGGCGAAAGAAAAAAGAGCAGGAGGAAAAGCAGAGGCAAAAACAGAAGGCAGAGACCAAAAAAGAGAAGGCAGCAGUUAAGCGUCGGACAGUGGUGGAAGAAGAGGAGGAGUCCGAGGAGGAAGAAAUUGCGCCAAAACGGCGGAGGAGCGGGCGGCCAGCCCGACAGGAAACCCCAGAACCUGAGUCAGAGGAAGAGCCCACACCUCGGAGAGGACGAGCAGCAAAACAAACACCAAAGGUGGAGGUGAAUGGUACGAGUCGCAGUCGGCGCAGCAAGUCACCAGUGAAGGAUGAUGAGGAUGACAAUGAUGAGGAUGAUGGAGGGUUUGAAAUGGAGAUAGACAACCCAGAGGAGGACGAUAUUUCACAUGCGGAUGUGGGCAAGCAUGUGGAGAUACAACAGGGCAGGAAGUGGCACCCGGCAACUGUCGUCGCUGUCAACGACUCGGACAACAAAUGGAAGGUCAAGUUUGACAACAACAGCAAGGACAAGUUUGAUAAAUGGGUCUCCCAAAAUGCCUCCAGUGUGAGAGUUACAAAUGAAGUUGACAAGACAUUAUCAUCCCCUGGAGGCCCCCAGUCACCCACGUCGGCCACGCCCGCGGACACAGAGGCUCCAUCCUCCUCGACAGGGAGCGGACAAAAGGCACAGGUCAUCGAGGAUAUUGCCAAUGGAUACAGGACAUGCCUGCGUUACUUCCUGCCACCCCAAUGGGUAAUGGACAAGGACUCCAUCUCCGGGAUGACCCCACAGGAACUCAGCACCUUUCCCCUCGAUGACUUCUUUGACCACUAUGAGAAGGGUCUAAGAAAGCUGGUGAACAACUUCCAGACUGAGGCGAGUCUGCGGAAACAGGAAUGUGAGGCGUCCCAGGCCAAAUUGAAGUCCGUGCGCAAGAUGAUUGCUAAGCUACUCACCUCCAGUAAUGAGACAACAAAUGCACAGGAGUUCAACAUUGACCCCGAGUGUGACGGUGAUCAGGUGGAUGAGUUCCUGCUGGCCUGCCUCCAGGCCUCCUCUUCAAAGUCUGCUGAGAGUACAUAGACCAGGCCGCCUCACCAUACAUCCUUAUAGAUGAUGCCAGUCCGAUACCAGUGUCUGCUGCUCUGGACCUGUCACACCAAGAUUCACGUUUCCAAGGCAAACUUCCACAAUGAAGUUUUUGUCUGAUUCUCUACAGCGCUGAAAUGUCUUGUGUGUUGCAUUUAAAAAUGUUUUAGCACUGGCUUCAUUUAGACAUUCAAAAUAUGAAACAUAGAUUGUGACUGAAAUGAAGAACUUUAAUUCCAGGAAGUUAAAAAAAUGUUUUGUUCAGCUUGAUUUUGCAAGUGUUGAAAAUGAAGCACAAAUUAGGGAGCAAAGUUAAUGAUCACUGUUUCCACUUAGUGUAUAUGCUGCAGUGUGUGUAUAGGGGUGUAUAUGAACACUGGCGUGAACUGUACCCUGGACUGUACAGUCAAUGAACACUAUCUGGAGUAAGCCGUUCUAGGGACGGUACAAUCAAUAAACACUAUCUGGAGUAAGCUGUUCCAGGGACCGUACAGUCAAUGAACACUAUCUGGAGUAAGCUGUUCCAGGGACUGUACAGUUAAUGAACACUAUCUGGAGUAAGCUGUUCCAGGGACGGUACAGUCAUUGAACACUAUCUGGAGUACGGUAAGCUGUUCCAGGGACCGUACAAUCAAUGAAUACUAUCUGGAGUAAGCUGUUCCAGGGGCCGUACAGUCAAUGAACACUAUCUGGAGUAAGCUGUUCCAGGGGCCGUACAGUCAUUGAACACUAUCUGGAGUAAGCUGUUCCAGGGGCUGUACAGUCAAUGAACACUAUCUGGAGUAAGCUGUUCCAGGGGCCGUACAGUCAUUGAACACUAUCUGGAGUAAGCUGUUCCAGGGGCUGUACAGUCAAUGAACACUAUCUGGAGUAAGCUGUUCCAGGGGCUGUACAGUCAAUGAACACUAUCUGGAGUAAGCUGUUCCAGGGGCUGUACAGUCAUUGAACACUAUCUGGAGUAAGCUGUUCCAGGGGCUGUACAGUUAAUGAACACUAUCUGGAGUAAGCUGUUACAGGGAUCGUACAGUCAAUGAACACUAUCUGGAGUAAGCUGUUCCAGGGGCCGUACAGUCAAUGAACACUAUCUGGAGUAAGCUGUUCCAGGGGCUGUACAGUCAAUGAACACUAUCUGGAGUAAGCUGUUACAGGGAUCGUACAGUCAAUGAACACUAUCUGGAGUAAGCUAUUACAUGGACCGUACAGUCAAUGAAUACUUGUACAGUUAAUAAACACUGCCUGGAUUGAUUUGUUCCAAUCUAGGAGUGCUACAUUUCCUGAACAAUGGUGUAGCAAUUUAUUGUAUGAUAAAACCCAAAUGUAUUUCUUGAUGGUAGCAUAAUAUACUGAACAUCUGACCAUGUAUUUUUGAGGUUUACAAUAUUUCACCAUUUUUACAAAGGUUUUAUAAAAAAACACAAAUCUGACCGGCAACAUUUAAUGUUUUGUUCCAGCAAAUAUUUUGGAACACUGAUGGAGUACCUAAGUUUGGCUACUGCCGUAAUGCCAGCCACUCUUCUCACCUUGAUUCCAUAUUUCAGCAAUUCCAUCAGAGAGAAUGUGGUAGAAAACACAACAGACAUCAAACAUCCUUCUUGUUUGAUUGCUGUUCAUCAAUAAUGACAUAAAUUGAUGUGUUGUCAAAGCUCCUAAAUAUACAUCACAAGGGAGUAUAACAUCAUCAGGUUUAUGCUCACAUUCGAAGGGUACAGCAGGGUGAAAUAAAUAUUAUGACAGGAUCAUGUCCGCCUUUAAUGUGUUAAUUUGCAUUUUAUUUUUAAUGGCUAUUUAAUUGAAAAGAAAUACAAUAAUCUCGGGAUUUAGGUUCUCCACCAGUACUAUUUUUUGUAAUGAACAGAAAUGCUUUUGAUUGUGUAUUUAUCAUUCUUUUACAUGUACUUGUGCAUCAUUUACUGCAUGUGACCGUCUGGUACUUGUGCAUCAUUUACUGCAUGUGACCGUCUGACCAACAGGUUUUAGCUUGUCUUGUUUUUUUUACAAAAGAUAUUGAUAUAGCCUUGGUAUCAAUUGGCGUGUAAAAUCUUAAACCUUUGUGCCAUAACUCUAAAACCAUCACAGAUAUUCAUAAUAAACUAGGUAUAGCAAGGUUCAUAACUCUUGUUCUAAUAAUUGUCAAGUUGUUUCCCUUGUUUGACUGAAAAUAAACAGAGGAGCCUUGGCAUUUGCUCUUGUUUACCAUUAAGAGUGUUUACUAAGCAAUUAUGAGUCCUGUUUACAUAAUGUAUAUUCAAGAUAUAGGUGUGGAGUUGUACUAGGUGUGGACUUGCACUUACAGUAAGUGUGAUGACAUCAUUGAUCCUUGACAAAAUAUAGGUUGAUACAAAAAAAAUAAAAAUGGAUCAUUAUUUUCAACUCAUUUGCCUCUAAUGAUCAGUACAAAAAAGAAAAAUUAUUUGUGUACAAAAAAUAGCCUUUAUAAAUGUAUUUUUUCAAUUGAAAUGUACCAGGUAUGUGGCCACAAAUUCACAGGUUAAAAAAGCGCCAAAAUAAUGCUAAUAUUCUUUUAUCAAAAAUAUAUUUUAUAUGCUUUUUAGUUUUUAUCCAAGUUUAGUCAAAUGAGCUAAAGAUAAUUUAAGAAUUUAAAUUUAAAUUAAAAAAAAAAACAGGCAGUAAAAAUGCCUUCAUAGUUGUGUUUAUUUUUAUGAUCCCCAAAGGGAGAGCAUAUAGUUGCCACCUCUGGUCUGUCCAUGCUUCCAUCAGUCAGGUACACUUGUCUGGAGAGUAACUACUGAUGUGAUUUCAGUAAAACUUAACAACAUAGGUAGAGGGCAAUAUGGACAAAUGUAGUGCACAAGAACCACACUUCUACAUUCAGUCAUUGCUGAAUGAUCUCCCUGUGUUCACCUUUACAGUGAAGCUGUCAUUCUCAACCAUAUCUCAAAAAGUGCUGAAGGGAUUUAAGUGAAACUUGUAACACAGCAAUGAGAGGUACAGAUUCAAGGGCUGGAAGUUUACCUUUCAUAUCUCAAAUGCCUUGUUUCACCUUACUACUGUUUUAUCUUUAAAGUUAUGACAAUGUCCUCUGUAAUAUAAUCUCUGGUGGGGAAUUGUUAAUAUUUGUUAAAUAAUGUGUUAUUUGUGUGACAUGUUGGUGUGGGUUUUUUCAUAAAAAGCAACAGAAAACUCCUAGCUUUUAAUUAACAUAUAAACUGGUGCAUCUUCAUUUCUGUUAGCAAGAAUAUAGGGGAGUCUAGCUUUUGGGGUAUGAAAUAAAACCAAAUUCAACAGGACAGUGUGAAAAUUAAUCAGCAGCAGCAGGUAAGGUGCAAAUAUUGUUGGCUGGUAUUGACCAUUGUCCACCAUCAUGUAACACCAAUGACCAAGUGUCCUCAAGUUUCACUUGUCUCCAUUUUACCUUUCUGUGUUAGCUAUGGUUUAAGCUUGUGUUCAUUUCUGUUUUUGUUUUAUUUUUGUAAUGAAAAGAGUUUGAUGACAGCUUUAUCAGGAUGUUUGCAUACAUAUUCUCUGUUUUUAUGUUUUUGUAGUUGAUUUCUAAGAUUGGUCUUUUUUAUAACAUCAGAAGUCAGAUCAUUUGAGGGCAUUAAGUUUUAUUUUUUAGUCUGUGUAUUCAACUUGAAAUGUGCUUCUAAUGUUGUUGAAAUCAUGUCCUACAGUGAAGGAAUCUCUUUACAGAGUAUUGUUUUUUCUUCUCAUGUCAUAUAUUUUCUGUAAAAUUACAGUAAAUUCAUUGCUUAGGUGUUUGCCUUGAACACAUUUUAACUGUGUAGAGAUACACUGUGUAUUGUUAGGAACAUUUCAUUAAAUCCAGUUGUAUGUAAUGGGUUAUCCAAAAGUUCAUUGUAAAUUUACAUUUUAUCUUCAUUCAUAACAGAUUCUUGUUUUAGAUUAUCACAAUAAACACCACCUACUU